CUUACCAUAAAUCACUUUUAGCUUUUCCUUAAAUAAGUUAUUGAACUGAAAUUUCUUUAUGAAUUUACUGCAAUCGAUUCAAGUUUUAGUUAUAAUUAUGUAGACACAGCAGCUGUUUUAUCAAGGAAAAUAUCUUUUUCCCCAAGAGUGAUGGAGUCAAUAGAAGCUAACGUGAAUGAGGAAGAGCCAAAAGACAACUGUUGCCUGCCAUUUUCAGUGUUCUGGUAAAGACGAAUACAACCAAACCAUCACAUCACCAGAGGAGUCUACUUAUGGUGUUUAUUGUUUCCUAACAGCGGCUAGUACUGUCGCACACCUUACGGCUUUUCUCUUUGCAUGUUCCUUGAUGUACACUUGUGCAAAGAUAUGCUGUGUGCCUGUGUGUGGUUGCAUAUAUCGUUGCCUAGUUAGCGCUGGACAUACUUGGUACAUAUUCAUUGCCAUAGGAGGUUUCUGUAAUCUAGCGGGAAGCGUAGCACUACCUAUCGUUGUGCCAGCUGAAGAUGUAAUUAACAUUUAUGGAUACCAACUUGCACUAGGCAGUCUUGGUUUUGACAUUAUCACGUGAACAAUAUACAAGCAUAAACGUCUAAGUCAAAACGAAUUAGCAGAAGCAUAUACAAGUAAAUAUUAGACCCUUCUAUCAUUAUCAAGGUUACAGCCUGGAUUGCCUUUAUGAAAUACCAUGGUGUGCCAGAUCGUAGAUACUUCCUUGGUUCCUCAAAGAAGAUAGCCGAUUACGAAAUCAACGUAACUAAAUCGAGAACUGACACAACAUACAGACAUGCCUCUGGGCAUACGGAAACUAGAAAAGGAAUUCCUAUGAACAAUAAUAUUAUUACUCUCUUAAACGGAUCCGUUACUAAGUAUAAUUGAUCUGUCUUCAAAUAUUGUGCUAAAAUUAUGUUAAAUUUGUUACAAACUGUAAUUUUAGUAGUAUCAAAACAAUCUGACUAAAGUACAUCUCCAAUUAACGCUAAGCUUUUGGUCAGAAGACUUGCUAUUUAUAGACUCGUUCUGACAACCCUUCCGCUAGCCAAUCAGAGCAUUGCUUUCAACAUUUUGAAAGAGAAAGUAGAAGUUUAAAAAUCUAUAUUUAGCCCGGGGUUUUCAUGUUUAUUAUGACGACCACAUGGGGUGAAUAUGUGUCAGGCAGCUGGUUAGAUCAGUUGAUAGAGCACAAUGAUAGUUCAGCCAAAAUGCUUGCUGAAACGAGUCGUUUGUUUGAUCCAAAUAAAAAUAAAAUUGCGAAAAUAAAAAUAGCGAUAUCGUAAAUCCAAAUAUACAGAAAGAUGAUCAGAUCAAGUACUUUAGUCAGAUUGUAUCUAAAAUAGCAGAAAAAACACAAGUGUAGUAGUUCAAAUGUUUUUAUAAGCACUUUCACAAUGCAAAAGGUGUGCAAAAAUGCAAAAUGUGGCCAAGGAAACGAAGUAGUUACUGCCACCGCAAAAUAUGAAUAACCAUAUCACUACUGGGAAUAUGAACAUGAAAAUUAUUAUAUCCUAUGCAAUUUUUUUUUUUCACUCGGUUGAACGUAAAUUUAUGUCUCAUUUGAAUUUAACCUUUAAGCAGAUGAAAUCAAGGACUUCGUUAGUUUUAAAUAUCUUAGGUACAUAUAGUUUACGUGUAACGUUAAUACAUAGGGAAUGCCGCCUACAUCAAAUGACAUUUUUCUCUCACUCCUUAGUUUUUGUGUUAAGUGGAAAUACUAUCACUGACAAAAUCAAUUUAUUGCUUCAAAGUUUUGGUAUACACUAUUUCUAAUAAUCUGAGAUGGAAAACAUACAUGCUUUGGCAGUUUCCUGAAGGAAAUUUAACAAACCAGUGAGAUUAUUUAUCUGUCUGGCAAGAUAAAAUCAGCACGUAAUUUCUGUUUAAUGCAAAACUCUGUUACACUUUUUUUACAUUUCUUCUCAUUAUUUUUCAAGUAAAAUGUGUAAGGUAAACAUUAUUUAACCAAGUGCUGCGAAAUGCCUCGUAAAAGAAUUUGAAACAUCUUUAAUUUGGUGACAAUCAUUUUAUCGUGCAGUGCAAUUUUUAUAGGAAAUGGAUAAUAUCCGAGAGUUUAAUUUUGAAACUUUCGAAAAAUAAAUAGGCUUUUGUGCUUAUCACUCAUACACAGUCGGGUUACCUAAAGUAUUCUGUUUAGAUUCGUUAGAUUUUUGCUUGAGAACUUGCAAGAUAGAAUAAACAAUAUGAAGAUAUCAAAUAAAUGACACAUGCGAGUUUGUAUGCAUUAAUUUUAUACAAUCGUGCAGUAGAUGUUUUUGAAAAUUCAAGGUAUGCCUCUUGUAAUAUUCGCCCGCCCGCUUAGCUCAGUAGGUAGAGCGUUGGUAUACGGAUCGCAGGGUCGUGAGUUCGAUCCUCGGGCGGAGCGUAUGUUCUCCGUGACUAUUUGAUAAACGACAUAAUGUCUCAAAUCAUUAGUCCUCCACCUCUGAUUCAUGUGGGGAAGUUGGCAGUUAUUUGCGGAGAACAGGUUUGUACUGGUACAGAAUCCAGGAACACUGGUUAGGUUAACUGCCAGCCGUUAUAUGACUGAAUUACUGUUGAAAAAAGGCGUUAAACCCAAAACAAACACAUUUUCCGAUAUUAGUACUGGUUCUUUUCAAAUUUAGGUUGAUUUGGGUGUUUUCAACUAGAAAAUUCGGCAUGGAAAUAAUGGUUUAUGCCUUAAUAUUUUUAAUAAUUAUAAAUUGCUUUGAAUUUAAAGCGAAACAAAUUACUCAACAAACAUAAAAUAUGCUUGCCAUAGCUUGUAACGCAGGUCUACGUAAAAUCGAAUCGCACGGUCUAAUUAACAGUGUGCUACUUUCAUACUUAUUGUGAUACUGAGAAGUUCCAAUGAUAACUGCAAUAAUUAGUAUCUGUUUACCUUUUUAUGGUUCAUAAUGUAAUUGUAUAAAAUAUAUUUUUAAACACAUUUUGUAAAAUAUCUCUUAUCGCAAUAGAGAUAGAAUUAAACAGGAUUCUUUAAGAAAAGAUUUUUAUAAGUUUAAACCUUGCUUAAAUUUCAAAGUCGACUGCUUGAAAAGAUUUUAUGAUCUGUGAAGAGUUCAAUAGCAUACAUUUUUUUGAGAUCCGCCUUUGGUUGAAAUUAUGCGGACAAAAACCCGCUGAUUUUAUUAUGAUCUGCGAAUUAUUAAGCGUUUAAAACUUAUUGAUAUCAUAUACAUUUAUCUUAGGAAAUAAAGUAUUAUUUUUUUCUAUUCCGUA